AUGCCUCCCAGAGUUAGAGGAAGAGGAAAAGGUCCCAUACGUGGGGGACCAUCAGUAGCAGGACCAUCUCACAGACGCACUCCGUCUGCGUCCCUUUCUAGUUCUGGCUCUCACAAUCUGUGGGGUCACUCCUUUGAGCCGGUGAGACAUUCUGUCUCGUUAAGUUCUUCACCUUCCUUUCAUCCAUCUUUUGGGCCACUUAUCCCAGAUGAGCCCCAACGCUCGCACCGCUCUCAACAAUCCCAUCAUUCUCACGAGUCUCACCAGUCGUACCACUUGUUGCAAUCGCAUUCUUUCCAUCAUUCGGAUUCCCUCUAUUCCCCGGGGCAGUUCAACCCGAAUGAUUAUGUUAACGAUUUCCUUGGAUACAACCCUUUGGGCCCUGAGGACCAUUUUUCUCAAGAAAUGGAGAUGGACUAUGAUCCAGAUCCGGAGAUGCAGACCGGAACGCCGGGUCACCCAAUAAGCAUAUCAAGUGGAUCUCCAUUUCAGGGAUCACCAUACCGUGGGCCCGAUUCAUUCCAGGAGAAGAUGGCCACCUAUGAUUGUUCUCCAGCUCAACCUCCCUUGGAUGUGCCCCAGCUUCAGGCAGUUUCACCUCCACCACUUCCUGUUGAGGAGCCACCUCAGCAGCCACCUCAGCCACCUCUCGAGCCUCCGAGGCCAAGGAGGAACGCACGUAUAUCCGUACGAGGAGGACCUCGUUUUAGUUCUCCACAGGGUUCGAGUUCCUACCCUCCUAUUCCAGAGGACCCCCAAAUGGGUGGACCCUCGAACGCGGCACCGGAGAUUGAUCCUCCGCCAGCUUCUUAUGCACCACCUCAGCCGCCUAUGGGUUUCAACAACCCUAUCCCGACUUACCCAGGUUCUUCUGGGUAUAAUCCUUUUGAAAACACAUCGGGAUAUCCAUCAGACCAUAGAAACCAGGAUCCAUACCUUACCACUGCUCAAUACCAUCAUCUUUACCCUUCUUCUUACCCUCCAGUUUAUCCAACUGGAUACCCGGUACAGUAUUACCAGUACCAGCCGUACCAGCAACCUCCUCCUCCCCAGCAGCAGUAG